AGAAACCAAAUCACACCCACCCUGGCCACGCCUCGACGCGACUCAUCUCGUCGUUUCCCCUUCGGAGGCCUGCCUGCCAGAUUCAUCCCUCCCUCCCCUCCCGGUCUCCCCCACCCGACUUGCCUCCAAAAGCAAAGCCCCCCGCCAUUCACUACUCCGGCUUCACCUUAAUCACGCUCUUAAUCCUCGAACCCUCACGGAGCGGGGGUUUGGUCGGCAGGACUGCCUCCCGCGGGCUCGGCUACGCUCACUCCGCCCCUCCCCGACCCCCGAGCAGGCGCAAGUCCCCUCCUCGACUUCGCGAAUUGAGGGAAGGAGAGAGAAGACUUAAGUCUAGUCCGGGUCAGCCAUGAUGGAGAGGAGGUCGCUGCUGGAGGCGCUGGUCACAGCGGCGCAGGGAGGUUCCUCACAGACGUCGGUGCUGUCCAUGCUCAAGUACGCCGUGAUGCCCAUCGCCAAGGUAUUCACCGUCUGCUUCAUGGGUUUCCUCAUGGCCACCAAGUACGUCAACAUCCUCCAGCCCAACGGCCGCAAGCUUCUCAACGGGCUUGUGUUCUCACUUCUGCUUCCUUGCCUUAUAUUUUCCCAACUGGGUAGCGCAAUCACGAUCGAGAAGUUGCUGCAGUGGUGGUAUAUUCCAGUAAAUAUCGUUGUAGGUGCUGUGUCCGGUUCUCUCAUUGGCUUUGUGGUGGCGUCUAUCAUUCGGCCUCCUUAUCCGUACUUCAAGUUCACUGUUAUACACAUUGGAAUAGGAAAUAUUGGAAAUAUACCUCUGGUUCUCAUUGCAGCAUUAUGUCGCGAUCCAUCCAAUCCUUUUGGUGAUUCUGAUAAAUGCAGCCAAGACGGAAAUGCAUAUAUCUCAUUUGGUCAAUGGGUUGGUGCGAUUAUUGUUUACACGUAUGUGUUCAAGAUGCUUUCUCCACCACCAGGAGAGACCUUUGAUGGUGAAGAGGAGAAACUUCCAGUUAUGGCAUCUGGAGAGAAUACGUUGCCUGAACUAGGUAAAUAUCCAACAAGCACUCGGAAUAGUACUGUACCUGAGAAUGAGCCUUUGUUAUCUGUUGAGGGGGACAAAAAAGGUGCUACUUCUCUAGGAUCAAAGAUAAUUGGCUAUGUUAGAUGCGUGGUUAAAUUCCUAAAAGACAAGCAGCUUCUUCAGCCACCAAUUAUUGCCUCUGUUUUUGCAAUUGGCAUCGGUGUUGUUCCAUUCUUGAAGGGUUUGAUAUUCACGGACGAUGCACCUCUAUUCUUCUUCACAGACAGCUGUCUCAUUCUUGGGGAAGCUAUGAUCCCAUGCAUUUUGCUUGCUGUGGGAGGCAACCUUGUUGAUGGUCCUGGUGAAGGAAGUAAGAGACUUGGUAUGCGAACCACCAUUGCAAUUAUUUUUGCACGGUUGGUCUUGGUUCCUAUUGCUGGGGUUGGCAUUGUCUUGCUAGUUGAUAAACUCGGUUUCAUUCCCAAAGAUGACAAAAUGUUCAAGUUUGUCCUACUACUGCAGCAUUCUAUGCCCACAUCAGUUUUGUCAGGUGCUGUUGCAAACCUGAGAGGGUGUGGAAAAGAAUCGGCCGCCAUCUUGUUCUGGGUGCACAUUUUUGCAGUGUUUUCCAUGGCAGCAUGGAUUAUUUUCUAUUUGACCUUGCUCUUCUAAGUACGUGGCUUCCAAGACUACCGAACGGCAAUGCCUGCAAAAAUUAGUUACUGUCAAAAAAAAAUAUCGAAGAAGAUAGUGUCAUGACUUGUACAAUAGCUACUAAAUCCUUGUGGCAGCUCUGGAGGUACGAGUUGUAUCGGUGCAUAUAUGGUUCAUCAUGCCCGCCUGUGCAAAUGCCACUGUUAUGUUAAAUUUGCCUCCUGGCUGCUGCAAGUAUGGAGGGAUGAGAAUCGCAGCAGCUAGUGCCCUGCCCAUAUAUACCAUCAGGCUACCUUAACCUCUUAGACUGGGUUUGCUGCCCUUAUUAUUGUCACCUGUAUUUAAAAUAUUUCGAUCCAUUUGCCUACUUGGUUCAGGUGUAAUUUGGGUGGCGUAUCUGUGAAUUUUGAUGGCCCAGUAGUCAGUUCUUGAAUUCAGAUAGCAACUAUAUAAGCAUAUCAUCGGGCGCAUUGGACAGCAAACCAUGAUGCAUGAUUCUGUGCCCACUGUCUACCGAUACAUGGAUCUGAUUAUCACAAGCGAUGAUGUGCAACAGUGCAAGCCUCAUGCCAGCAGGGUGUCAAAGCAUGCGUGCAUGUCCCUGGUGUAGCCAAACCGACAGCAAAACAUUAUGGAGAAGUUCUGAGAUGAACUGCCGCGCCUGAUCUCUCCAUGUGCUUGUAUGUAGAUCUGGGACUCGGCAGAGCUUGAAUCAUUAAUUUUGACAACCAUGAUACUUUUGAA